UACUGAUCUGCAUACGCUCUCAGCUGGACUUGGGGCUACUACUUACUGCAUCUGAAAGGCUGAAACUCACUGGGAAUAAAGAAUUCUUGUAACAAUGCCGGAACCCACCAAGAAAGAUGAAACUGAAAAUGAAAGUGCACCGCCACCUCCAGAACAAACAACACCGCAGGAGGGUGGAAAUGAAAAGGGUAAAGUAUGGUCUCUUGGAGAAGGAGCUCCAGAAGAGUCAGAAAAACGAGAUGACUCCCAAAGAUCUACUUUAUUCGUCGAAAAACCUCAGAGCGGUACAGUGAGUGUCGGUGGGAAUAUUACAUUUAUAGCCAAAGUGGAAGCCAAAGAUCUUCUCCGAAAGCCAAAUGUUAAGUGGUUUAAAGGAAAAUGGAUGGACCUGGCCAGUAAAGCGGGGAAGCACCUGCAGCUGAAAGAGUCCUUUGAGCGUCACACUAAGAUUCACACAUUUGAGAUGCAUAUCAUCAAAGCUAAAGAAAACUAUGCAGGGAACUAUCGCUGUGAAGUAUCUUACAAGGACAAGUUUGAUAGCUGCUCUUUUGACCUUGAAGUCACUGAAUCUUCCCAAGCUGCUCAAUCCAUUGACAUCAGAUCUGCUUUCAAAAGAAGCGGUGAAGGACAAGAGGAUGCAGGAGAACUUGACUUUAGUGGUCUCCUGAAACGUAGGGAGGUUAAACAACAAGAGGAAGAACCUGAGGUAGACGUGUGGGAUCUCCUGAAGAACGCGAAUCCCAGCGAAUAUGAGAAGAUUGCUUUCCAGUACGGUAUCACUGACCUGAGAGGAAUGUUAAAGCGCCUCAAGCGGAUGCGCAGGGAGGUGAAGAAGAGCGCAGCUUUUGCCAAAGGUCUCGAUCCUGCAUAUCAGGUGGACAAGGGAGGUAAAGUAAGAUUCAUGGUGGAGCUUGCAGACCCAACAGUGGAACUCAAGUGGUAUAAAAAUGGCCAAGAAAUACGACCAAGCGCAAAAUACAUUUUUGAACACAAAGGCAACCAGCGAAUUUUAUUCAUCAACAACUGUUCGAUGACAGACGAUGCUCGCUAUUACGUAACAGCUGGUGAUGAGAAAUGCUCCACAGAACUGUUUGUGAGAGAUCCUCCAAUUUUGGUGACCAAAGGCCUGGAGGAUACCAAUACCUAUGUUGGUGAACGAGUAGAACUGAGCUGUGAAGUAUCUGAGGAUGAUGCUAAUGUGAAAUGGUUUAGGAAUGGCGUAGAACUUACCAAUGAUCCUAAAUCUCGGUAUCGAAUCAAGGUUGAGGGUAAAAAACACACUUUGAUCAUAGAGGAAGCUGCAAAAAAUGACACUGCAACUUACUCAGUUAUGACAACUGGAGGGCAAUCAGAAGCCAAGCUCGCAGUUGACUUGAGACCACUGAAGAUAUCACUUGCACUAGAAGAUCAGACUGUGAGGCUUGGACAGGAAAUCCACCUGAAGUGUGAGAUAUCUGAGAACGUGGAAGGGAAAUGGUACAAAAAUGGACAGCUGAUUGAAGCUAGUGACCGUGUAAAGCUUUAUCACAAAGGAAGAAUACACAGAUUUGUUAUACCAGUUUCUGCUGUUGAUGAUGAGGGUGAAUACAUGUUUGUACCAGAUGCCUAUGAUAUUAAUAUUCCAUGCAAAGUACAUAUUGUGGAUCCUCCUAAACUUCACCUGGAUGGUCUUGGGGAAAAUAACACUGUUACAGUAGUGGCAGGAAGCAAACUACGACUUGAGAUCCCUAUCACUGGUGAACCAACUCCAAAAGUCGUGUGGAGUAGAGGUGACAAGGGGAUCACGGACAGUGGAAGAAUACGGGCAGAAACAUAUCCAGACAGCAGCUGCCUGGUCAUUGAUACAGCUGAGAGGGAAGAUUCAGGUCCUUUCAGAAUAACUUUAAAGAAUGAAGCUGGAGAGGACACAGCUCUAAUCAACAUCAAAGUGGUUGAUGUCCCUGAUCCUCCUCAGGCACCAAACGUGACUGAGGUGGGUGAAGACUGGUGUAUUAUGACCUGGGAACCUCCAGCAAAUGAUGGUGGAUCACCCAUCUUAGGAUAUUUCAUUGAGAGGAAAAAGAAACAAAGCUCCAGGUGGAUGAGGCUGAAUUUUGAACUGUGUAAAGAAACAACUUUUGAGCCAAAGAAGAUGAUUGAAGGUGUUGCUUACGAGGUCCGUGUAUUUGCUGUUAAUGCAAUAGGCAUGUCCAAACCAAGUAUGCCUUCAAAGUCCUUUGUUCCUUUAGCUGUUACCAGCCCACCGACUCUCCUGGCAGUGGACGGAGUGACUGACACCUCGGUGACAAUGAAGUGGAGGCCGCCCGACCAGAUCGGAGCGGCGGGGUUGGACGGCUAUGUUGUAGAGUACUGCUUUGAAGGAACUGAUGAAUGGAUCGUGGCUAACCCGGAGCUGACAGACAAAACGAAGUUUACCAUCAAUGGCCUGCCCACUGGCUCAAAAAUCCUUGUGAGAGUAAAAGCUGUGAAUGCUGCUGGUGAAAGUGAGCCCAGGUACCACCCACAGCCUAUUUUAGUCAAGGAAGUGAUAGAACCUCCUAAGAUUCGUCUACCAAGACACUUAAAACAAACUUAUACUCGAAGAGUUGGAGAAACUGUGAAUCUUGUUAUUCCUUUCCAGGGAAGACCACGGGCAAAAGUAUCAUGGCAGAAAAACGGUUCUCCAAUCGACAAGAAUGAAAUCAACAUCCGCAACACUGAAAACGACACCAUCAUCUUCAUCCGAAAGGCAGAGAGGGGGCACUCUGGAGAAUAUGAUAUGACAGUGGAAGUAGAGAACUUGGUGGACAAAGCUACGAUAGAUAUUCAGAUUGUUGAUCGCCCAGGCCCACCAGAGAUUGUAACUAUUGAGGAUGUUUGGGGAGAGAAUGUAAAUUUAUCAUGGAAGCCACCAAAGGAUGAUGGAAAUGCUGCCAUUACUGGGUACACUAUUCAAAAAGCAGAUAAGAAGAGUAUGGAAUGGUUCACAGUGAUCGAGCACUACCAUCGCACCAGUGCCACCAUCAAUGAGCUCAUCAUAGGAAACGAGUACUACUUCAGGGUCUUCGCUGAGAACAUGUGUGGCCUCAGCGAGGAUGCAACGAUGACCAAAGAGAGUGCUUUGAUUGCAAAGGAUGGUAAAGUCUACAAAUAUCCAGUUUACGAUGAUUUUGACUUCAGUGAACGGCCGUUGUUUACUCAGCCUCUAGUCAACACCUUUGCCAUAGCUGGUUACAAUGCUACUUUGAACUGCAGUGUUCGGGGCAACCCCAAGCCCAAAAUAACCUGGAUGAAAAACAAAGUCCUUAUAAUGAAUGACCCAAGGUACCGAAUGUUCAGCAACCAAGGUGUGUGUACCUUGGAAAUCCGCAAACCCAGUCCCUAUGAUGGAGGUACUUACAGCUGCCGAGCAGUCAAUGAACUUGGAGAGGCAGAAGUGGACUGCAAACUGGAAGUAAAAGUAAUCCCACAGUAAGGAUUUUUGAAUGUAUAUUGUCAUCUAAGGUGGGCUUUCGUUCUUCAGACUAUUGAUGGAUGGAGUGCCUCCGCAUAUCAUUGAUUCGUAUAUGCGUGAAGUGCAGGCAGACAAAACUGAAGCCAAGUGAGAGUCCGUCCACAGUGUUUCUCCCACUGCACUGGAAGUUGGUAGCAGAGUAACAGCAUUUGAGUUCUUGCAAUCACAGAAAAAAAUGUGCGGUUGGAGAUUUUAUUAUAUUUUUGCCUCCUCCCUUUUUUUUUUUUUUGUUUUCCUUAAUUGUUCUUUUGUUUUCCCUAUCUGCUCUUACUGAAAAGAAAGAAUACGCAUGGAUUGCUUUGGGGUUGAAAUGAAAUGAACUGAAGACGACACACAUUUUGUAAUGUUCAGCUUUAUUUUCUGUUUGAUAUUUUGUUCUGUUUUUUAAUGAGGAAAGAGGAGAAACCAUGUAAUAAACAUGAGGAGGCAGUCGGAGUCUGUACCCGCUGGCACAAAGCAUAUCUUUCUCAGACUGGAAGUACAUGGAUUAGUCAGUAGCUGUGCAAUAAGACCCUUGGAAUACAUACCUCUUUGAUAAUGUAUCUGAUUCACCUGAGAAUUGUUUAACACAAUAUGGUUUUACUGUAAUGUAACUAAUACGUAUGUACUUAAUGAUCAUUUAAGCUGAACAUAUCUUCCUAUAGAAGUUUUGAUUUCCUAAAUCCAACCCAUCAGUCUCUCAACUUAACUGAAAUUGUUUUAUUUAAUGUACAAUAAAUAUGAAGUGUUUAAGAUCUACUAA